CCAGAGUCGAGGGCGCACCUGGCGAGCGCCUGCUCACCAACGAGCAAGCAAGACUUGCACCGCCCACCAAACACCACAACGAUGAUGAGGCGAAGCAGCGUGGUGCUGUUUGUGGCUGUGGGGUUGAUAGUGGUUGGCACGGCACUGCUGUCGCUGUACAUCAACACGGCCCAGCGUGUGGUCCCACUGGAGGCCGUGUGCAGCGGUGCUGAUGCAGUGCGUGUCCAUCCGCUGGAGGCCCCCAUGCUGGAGCAGCUCCUGAAACAGCAGUGGACAGCCAAAGCCGCGGAUGAGCACGUGAUGCCGAAUGUGCCUGCCAACCUUCUCACACGCACGAUGCACACGGAGAUGGGGGACGUGCUCUUUGUGCACAACCCUGAACGACUGCAUAAGCGUGUCACGCAGCAGUCGCGCCGCCAAUCAGCGAAGGUGAACCUGCGGCGACCCUUCGAUCCCCGCGACUUUCACUUUGGCAAGGUGUCACUCAACGAGUUUCUGUUUGUCAUGACGGAUGAUGCCAAUGCCCACGACGAGUGCACCGCCUUUUCGGACAUUCAAGCCUUCCACCGGCCUGUCCACGCCGUUCUCGUCAACAAGUCCCCGCUCUCAAAGUACUCCGGCCUUCUUGUCCCAUUCCUCCGCGAACAACGCAAUCAGGUGAUGACGGCUGAUGCGCUCCUGGUUGGCCUCGGCUUUGCCAAUCGACUGCAAGGCAGUGGCAUCCGCGUUGGCUUCAACUCCCUCUAUGCUGGCGCGUCUGUCAACCACCUCCACUUCCAGUUCUGGUGGGACACGCACGCGCUGCCCAUUGAGCUUGCAGAGAUGACGACCGUCACGGCAACAGACCGCUUGCUGGUUGAGCGCGACGCGGGGUACCUGUCAUCGUUUCUCCGCUUCACGUACGACCGAGCAGCGCCCGGCGUGGUGGUGGAAGCGCUCAUGCCCGCACUACAGCACCUCACGCGCCGCAACACCCCAUACAACCUCGUGCUUGUCCCCGGCAUGGUGUAUCUGCUGCCUCGACAGCCCAUGCUGAAACAACUCGGCAGCAUCAACGUUGGAUUCCCUGAAGUCUCCGGCACGCCGCUUGUGCCGUCGCAUGACGACUUUGUUGCGCUGACGGCCGAGGAUGUUGUGCGCCACUGGACUACACACGUGCGCGUCCCAAGCACAGUAUUUGAUGAGCUCGUGGACAUCAUCGUCGACAGCUAACGCGCUGAUCGUGUGAGUGUGCAUGUGUGUGCGUGUGUG